CGGGGCUGCUGGCGGCGCUGGCGCAGUCCGAGGUGGAGGAGGUGGCCAGCACGCUGCUGACGCUGGGCACGCCGGCCGUGCUGCUGGACAUGUUCUUCCAGUACCCCAACAACAACUUCCUGCACGCGCACGUGUCCACGCUGGUCAAGAACGCGCUCAACAACCGCGUCUACCGCACGCAGUACGCCAGACACUUGCUGGUGGAGUGCGACCUGCUGACGCGGCUGAUGGACGUCUUCGAGGAGAACCAAAAUAACAAAGGGCGUGCCCGCGCGGGGUACAUGGGGCACGGCGUGGUGGUGCUGGCGGCGGCGGCGCGCGCGCUGGCGGCGCCCGACCCGCUGGCGCACGCGCUGCGCCUGGCGCCGCCCACGCAGGCGCGCUGGGCCCUCUUCCGGGACCACACGCUGCGCCCUCUGCUGCACCAGCUCGACACGCCGCUCGGUGGCUACUACCCGUCCGAAAACAUCUAUGAGGUGGAGAUCAUGGCCGACACACAGGCGGCCAACUACGACUUCAACGACAUGGUGACGGCGGGCACGCUGUACAUGCCGGAUGACGCCAACGCAGACGAUGCUAAUGACGUUUGUGGCGCUGUCGGGUCCUCGGCGGAGUCUGCAGACUUCAUAGCGGACGGACUCGGCGUCGACGACGAGGAUAAGAUGACGGCAGCUAAGAGUAACUUCCUGGAGCUGGCCAGCCAACGAUUUGACGACGACAUGUGGGACGACUCGUGCGAGGCGGAGGCCGGCCACGACGAGGACGAGCACGACCUGCAAGACCUGCAUGACCUGCACGACCUGCACGACCGGGGGCCCCGCGCGCUGGACGUUCUGCAACAACACAACCCGUGGGAGGCGGUUCCUGCAGAGAGCGGUGGGGCCGCGGGGGCGGCGCCCGAGGGCUGGGCGCAGUUCUCCGACGACAACGUGCUGGGGGCGCAAGACCCCUUCGCCCCGCAGCCGGCGGGCGGCGCGCCCCCGACGCCGCCCGCGCUGGCCGACGACGAGUUCUCUCCGUUCUGGUCGUACACGGAGUCGCAGGAGUCGGGGCUGGAGGCCGGCAUGCGCGGCCUGGAGCUGGGCGAGGCGGCGGCGGGGCCGGGCGCGCCGCGCAUGGACGACGCCUGCAGCGUCGAGCUGGCCAACAACCUGCUGACGGCCAUGUCGGCCAUGUCGGCCGACGCCAUCGCCAACAUCGUCAACGCCAACCUGACGGACGCGGGCCCGCCCAGCUGAUCCGCCCCCGCGCCCGGCUCGUUGCGAUGCUCUCCUUUAGAUUUGUUCUCAUUCAAAUUCUCGUAACGUGCGGUUCCGUGAGACUAUGCUGUGACCGAUCCCCGUGCCCUGGCGGUAUAGGACUGCAUUGUGAUUGUCAGUGAUGAACUACUCGUAAGGCUCGCCAGUGAUUACGAAAUUUGCAUUUAUAUAUAUAUAUCGAAUUCGAUGUGUCUUACAAGUAAGUGUUUUUAAUAUAAAUCAGGGAAGAAAUCAUACUUAAGUAUUUCCUAAUCAUAUACUUCUAAUCAUUACUAGUUUAAGUAAAAUAAUACAAAUAUCAUAAACAUUUAAAUAUAUUAAUAUUGAACAAAUUACAUAGAGAUAGACUGUCUCUCCGUGUCUCCGCCACGCGCACUCUGUGUGCACAGUGUGACCAUAUUGUGGGCAUAGUUUGGUCAUAGUGUGGGCACAGUGUGGGCAC